AUGACAGACAAUCUUUCCUUUAACUACCAAGACACCAUUAUUGAAGGCUUUAUAUGCCCAUCUUGUCUUAAGUCUUUUAGCAAACCUGAGCUUUUAGAAGUUCACUUUGCCAAGCAGCAUUUUCACACAGUUAAUACCACCAAUGAACAAGAAAGCUUUACAAAAGGACCGACUUUAGGAAAGGUAUGUAACCGAACAGCUGAUUUCCGAAAAUUGCGAAAGGCUCAGAUUGAUCGGAAUGCUCUAGAAACCAAUCUUCUGCUAAUUAGACUUGAAAAGCUUUUAAAUAUCCCUGAUAAUCUUGAUAUCGCCCAACUUCAUAUUCAAGAACAGAGUGUUGUGCCUUGGAUUGAAGCGAAGGUUAAUCUUUGUCCUCGAUGUGGAGCGUCUUUUGGUUUAGGAUGGGCCAAAGGUACGCUUUCCGAGGAUCAAAAGGCUCCAAUUUCUUCGCAGUCCCAGAUUCUUGCUUCCCCUCCAUACUCUUUUUCUCGUCGCGCUCGAGAUAGCCUUCGUUUGGCCACUCGUUUCGCAACCGCGUUGAUCGACAGUGAUCCCGUAUACCGGAGAAUGCACCACUGUCGUCUUUGUGGGCACAUAAUCUGUGGUGACUGCUCCUUUUUUCUUUCCAAAGAUGUGGUUCAUCAAAUCAUUCAGGCCUGCAAUUGGGCUUCUGAUGAUACCCUCCGAAACAAAAUUUGCCCCUCAGAUGUCACCAAAAAUGAUGAAUCAGAUUCCUCUAAACCACGAAGAAUCUCCUUCCUUUCCUCUAGAUCCUCUUCUGCUACCAGUCUCGACAUCGUUAUUCCCAGACGCGCGAGGAAAAACCGACCAGAAGUUUUGGGAUUGCGUAUUUGCGAGGUGUGCAAGGGCUUUCUGGAGGACAAGAUGGCGCAGAUAGAAGAGAAGCAGAGCAGUCCUAUUGGACUUGAGGAGUUUCGAGCCCUCAAAGCGGAAAUGGCCAAAGUGAGCGAAAAAAUGCCCCUCUUCUCUUCUAUGGCCAACAGUCUCAACUCAGGAGAGGAGAAGUACGUCCUCGAGAUCGCAAAGUCGCUUCGAAUGGAAUUACUUCAGAGUCUCCAUAAAAUCGAUGAAAUCGGGAAGGUGAUUUCGUCGCUCAAUGUGACAGGAGUGCGUUCAGCAGGAACGCAGACGCGCCUCAAUCGAGCGAUGGGAAAAUUUGCUUGUCGCUUUGUCCAAAACAACCUCACUCCCCUCCGUGUUCUUCCCACUGUGUCAGAACAUCGUCGUCUGGUCCAGUCUCGUCUGCGGCGCCUUCGUUUCUCCGCAACCCCUUCGCCGGUUUCCCCCAACGACGAAGCUGCAAGGGAUGCUGAAGGCGGCUGGAUGCCAUCAGCCCCACGAUGGAAGCUACAAGAUGAGGAUCUUGACUCGAGUGAUCCCCGAAUGGUGUUGAUGCGACAAAUGGAUCUUGUGGCUGACUACUUGGCUCAGGCACAGGCUGCGCGUCGCUCCCCCCAAGAGAUCGACAAUUUGACUCAAAAUCUCGCCGAUCUCGAAGAGGAAUUAUCUCUCCUCAAUGCUGCCCCAAAGUAA